AUGUCGCUCGCGACAUACAGAGCAGCAGUUGCUAACGCUGGACGACGAGCCGCUCUCCGCCCAGCGGUUGGUGUCUACGCGUCUCGCCAGCUGCACAUAACGUCCCCCGUCUCCUCUCCUACCGACAUUCCGACUUCCUCCACAUCUGCGGCCAAUCCCAUAACUGAGAUCGCAAAACGCGGCUCGAACCAACUGAGUCUUGAGCACCCCGCGAACAAAGCAGAGUAUGUGCUCUCGACGCUGGACAAGGUGGUGAAUUGGACGCACCAGGGUUCUAUGUGGCCUGUGACCUUCGGUCUUGCUUGUUGCGCUGUAGAGAUGAUGCACAUGGCCGCUGCACGGUAUGACCAGGACCGACUCGGUGUCAUCUUCCGUGCCAGUCCCAGACAGUGCGAUAUCAUGAUCGUCGCGGGGACGCUGACGAACAAGAUGGCACCGGCGCUCCGGAAGGUGUACGAUCAGAUGCCCGAGCCGCGUUGGGUGAUCUCUAUGGGCUCCUGCGCGAAUGGCGGAGGGUACUACCACUACUCGUACUCCGUCGUCCGAGGUUGCGACCGCAUUGUGCCGGUUGACAUCUACGUUCCCGGUUGCCCUCCGACUGCAGAGGCGCUGCUUUACGGCAUGCUGCAACUGCAGCGGAAGAUGCGGAGGAACAGGAAGAGCACGUUGUGGUACCGAAAGUGA